CCGUUUUUCCGUGAAAGAAUUAUUACGUUCCAGGCUAUGUACACGAGAGGCGAUAUACUAAUAGAGUUAUCGUUGUAAUUACGUCUUUAUCUAACCUUACGCUAACUCAUUACAACACUUACUAUGUCCUGAUUUUAAAAGUGUUUUUCAUUAAAAGUUAAUAUGGAGUGUAAUGAUAUCCUUCAAUCACCAGAGUGCAGUCUGCUGAAACAAGGAAAACUAAAACAUAAACUUCCCUAUCCGAAGGCAGUGGGGUUCAUCGUCACAAAUGAGUUUUGCGAGCGAUUUUCUUACUAUGGAAUGCGAACCAUUUUGUCCUUAUACCUGCGUGACAAACUCGGGUAUGGAGAUGACAGUGCUACGGUCAUAUACCAUGUAUUUACGAUGUUUGCGUACUUUUUCCCUCUUAUCGGCGCCAUGAUUGCUGACGGCUGGUUAGGAAGAUUCAGGACAAUACUUUAUCUGUCUUUGGUAUACGCGACGGGGAGCGUCCUUAUAUCAGUCGCAGCAAUGCCACCAGUAAAUUUGCCGCAAUUGGAAUUCACAAUUGUAGCUCUUUUACUAAUAGCCUUCGGCACCGGUGGUAUCAAGCCUUGUGUAUCGGCCUUCGGCGGAGACCAAUUCAAGCUGCCGGAACAAGAGAGAUACUUGGGAUAUUUCUUCUCGUUAUUCUACUUUUCUAUCAAUGCGGGAAGUUUGAUAUCCACCUUCCUCACACCGAUACUAAGAGCAGAUGUACAUUGCUUCGGUGAUAACGAUUGUUAUUCAUUGGCGUUUGGUGUUCCCGGUAUUCUCAUGAUCAUAUCUAUAAUAUUUUUCGUGGCUGGUAAAAGAUUGUACAUCAUGAAAACUCCCACCGGAAACGUGUUCACGAAGGUUUCAUCCUGCAUCGGGCAUGCCGUGAUAAAGUCCUACAAGAGCAAAGAGAAGAGGGAACACUGGCUGGACCACGCCGAGGACAAAUAUGAUUCAAGCCUCAUCGAUGAUAUCAAAUCUCUUCUCCGAGUACUUGUGUUAUUUAUACCACUACCAGUAUUUUGGGCUCUAUUUGAUCAACAAGGUUCGAGAUGGACAUUCCAGGCUGACAGAAUGGAACAGGAUAUCGCCGGGUGGACUUUAAAGGCUGAUCAAAUGCAAGUACUUAAUCCUCUGCUAAUCUUAAUCUUCAUCCCGCUUUUCGAAGUAGCAAUAUAUCCCUUUUUAACAUGGUGUAAAUUAGUGAGAAAACCAUUGCACAAGAUGAUUUGGGGAGGAAUUCUGGCUGCUUGUGCUUUCAUUAUAUCUGGUGUUGUCGAGCUCAAACUGCUGCCUACUUAUGGUACGCCGGUAUCGGAAGGUUUCGCACAACUAAGAAUUUAUAACGGAUAUAAUUGUGACUUCGCAUUAAACAUAACUAAUGACAAUACAUCGUACAAUACUACAAUUGGACCUUUAGGAUUAUAUGAAAAAUUAGACAUUGAAGCCAAUAAAAUUAUUCAACUUCCCUACACCCUCCGAGGAAUGCCCUAUAGUGAAUGUGAAAAUAUAACAUACAGUCAAAUAUUUUCUUUGAAGGAGAAAACAGCAAAUUCCUUCUUUAUAACAGAUGAUUUAUACAAUUUCACUGAUAACAAUAAUAAAGCCAUUGAUGGUGUGAGUGCAAGAUUUUUGUCUCACGUUACUACGCCCGUUACUAUUAACGUUCAAAAUAAUAAGAAGAAUAGAACAUCAUUACUUAUAAAUAGUGAAGACAGAACACAAAAAUCUAUAGAGAAGGGAACUUACGACAUUACAGUAGAUGGAGUUGCGGUGUUACCAGACUUCCAAUUUAAAGCAGGAGCUGUAUACACGAUUAUUGUUCACCAAACAAAAAAUGGCUCUUAUAUGGCCGAAGCGGUAACGAUCACUCCUCCGAAUAGCGUACACAUUCUGUGGCUAGUUCCACAAUACGUGGUUAUGACGAUGGGCGAGGUGAUGUUCUCAGUAACUGGGCUCCAGUUCUCUUUCACACAAGCUCCAGCUAGUAUGAAGUCUGUGCUGCAAUCAGUCUGGCUACUUACGGUUGCCUUCGGCAAUCUUAUUGUAGUCCUCAUCGUAGAAGGAAACUUUUUAAACGCUCAGUGGAAGGAAUUUUUCUUAUUUGCGGGUCUCAUGUUGCUUGAUAUGUUAAUAUUUAUGACAAUGGCGUUAAGAUACAAAUACGUGGAACUGAAGUCAAGUACUGAGGAUUUAGCCAUCGAAGAAAUAAAACUACCCGACAAAAUGAUCAAAGAAAACUAGAUAUAAUAUAUUGUUAAAUAAACAUUGUUUUAAUUAUGUAACUUAUUAAUAUAAUAAAAUGAACAAACCAUGUUUUUAAAUAAAUAAAUUUACUUU